AAGUGUUGUCUUGCCAUCCUCCCCAAGGCCUCGCCCUCGUUAAACCUCCCUCGUGACAGCGACAACUCGAGGCCUGCGAACCUACAACACCGACCCCUUCGAACUCACCAACCAUUCCUACGAUGAAGACGUCUCGCUGGUCGAGCCGCUCUUCUCCACUUCUCUCGUCGCCAUGAUCCUCACCCCGAGAUUACUACGGAUAGUGAAUACAAAGAAACAUUCCACCAUCUGCGAACUCACCUUCCACGGCAUGGUCGUGGCCGUCAAGAUGAACCGCAAGCGUCUAGUCGUGAUGCUCGAGGAGAUUGUCUUCAUCUACGACAUCAGCAACAUGAAGCUCCUCCACCAGCACAUGACCCCUCUUAACCCCGGCGGCAUCUGCGCCAUCUCGCCCCAUUCCGACAACAACUUCCUCGCCCUACCGCAUAACACCAAAUCCCCCUCCACCCCGCACACGCCCUCACACGUUCCCAAAUCAAUAGCGAAGGAAACAAUCAGUGGAGAUGUCUUACUGUACGACCUGAACAAGAUGGAGGAAGUCACGGUCAUCCAAGCCCACCAAACCCCAAUCUCCUUCAUCGCGAUCAAUACCGAAGGCACAAUGAUGGCCACGGCGUCGGAAAAGGGCACCAUCAUACGCAUCUUCUCCCUCCCCGACGGCAAGAAACUCUUCCAGUUCCGGCGAGGCAGCAUGCCCGCACGCAUCUACUGCAUGAGCUUCAACCCCACCUCCACCCUCCUCUGCGUCUCCUCCGCCACCGAAACCGUGCACAUUUUCAAACUCGCUCCUCCAGGCAGCACCACCACCACUGUAACAACAGACGCAAACUCCCCACCCCACUCCCCAACAAACAUCCACAACCCUCCGAUCCGCGACCGCGACCGCAGCACCAGCCCCUCCGCAACCUCCUCCCUCACCCCGCAACGCGAAACCACCCCGCCCCUCGAAGGCGACCCAGCCUCCAUGCCCGACGCCCGCCAACCGCGCCAACCAGGCUUCAUGUCGCUCCUGCGCCGCACCUCGCAAGGCGUCUCGGGCUCCCUGAUCAACCGCGCAGCCGGCUACCUGCCCAGCUCCGUGACGGAGAUGUGGGAGCCGCAGCGGGACUUUGCGUGGGCGCGCGUGCCGCGCGGCUCGACGGGGCAGCCUGUACGGAGCGUGGUGGCUAUGAUGGGAGCGGGGAAUGCGGCGCAUGCGGGGCAGCUGAUGGUUGCGACGAGUGAGGGGGAUUUCUAUGUUUAUGCGGUGGAUUUGGAGAAGGGUGGGGAGGGGAGUUUGAUUCGGCGUGAUAUCCACGGCUUAAAGCAUAGAAAGGGUCAGGACGGUGACGAUUGAAAGGCUAAGGUGCUGUUGGAGAAUUCCCCGGUUCUGCGGUUUGGUCUACAAGGAGCUCUUUCUCUUUUCUCCACUCGAGCGUUCGAGCGACUUGCAUGGCUUAGGUUUUUGCUACUCCCAACUAUUUCUAAUUUCACCUCACUUUACGACUGGAC